UCCAACAAGGGGAAGCUGCUUGAAUGGAAGUUGGAUUGCCCUCCUUUUGAGUGUGAGUGAUUAGAAACCCGGUAAUUGACAAGUUAUUUUUUGUCCGUUUAAUGAAUAUCCGCUAAACAUAAUAAUAAUAUUCUUUUUAACACGUUAGCUUUUGAAACUGCUGAAUAUGAUCCUGCUAUUUAUCGGCGACGGUGCCGUGGAAAACUCGUUCUUGGGAAGCCUCGGACCUAGGCGCUCUCUUCUGGCUUCUGAGCCUCCUUUUGCUGAUAUCGACUGAGGAUAUGCUGCUGCAUAGGUAGUUAUAGUAGAACCUAAACUCCCUCUAGUAUGCUCAGGGUCUGCUUUGCUAAUCUCUAAAUGUAGGUUUCUGGGUGUUAAGUUUCGUUUUUAGCUUUGGCUGUCUAGUAGUUAAGUCUUGUAUGUGGUCUCUUUGCUGCCCUAUAGUAUGGUUUGUUGCUGAGUUUGUAGCGGCUCUCUUGUAAUGUCCUGCUUUUAUUAUAAAUAAAAUAAAAUUUGGCUUACCAGAAAAAAAAUAAAAAUUCAAAACUGUAUGCCGCUUCCAGGACUUGGGUGACGUAAACCCAUCGGCCGACCCAACAAAGCAGCCCAGUGUCUAAACCCUCUUCAACUUACAAUACAAGUCACCCGUUAAACCCUAGUAAAAUUGAACUCCUAAUUUCAUCCAUGUCUUUACUUGAAACUAUUACAAGGGCAUCAGCCCACAAAACCCACUUCACUUCUGAUUCAAACUACCCAAUUCUCCUUAAUCCAGACCCAAUUUUACUCAAUCUAAAAUCCCAGAUUAAUAUUUCAUCACUUCUUUCAAAAUGUGAUGAUGGGUGGGAAAUAUCAAAGCUUGAUUUGCAGAUUAUUGAACUAGGCCAGAAGUUCUCGAAAGCCUUAAGAAGAAAAUUGAAAAAUCUAAGUGGGUUUGGCGAGAUUGAGUUUUUAGAGAUGUUGGAUGGUUUUUUUGGUUCUUGUGGUGAGAAAAUAGGUGUCUCUGUUGGUGAGGAUGAUGGGGUUGGGAAAUUGAUUGGAAAGUUUGGGUCUUUAUUGGGUGUUGAUGUGUUGGGAUUGGUUUUGGAGGGUUGUGUUGUUUUGGAGAUUUGGGAGGUUUUGGAAAGUUUGAUUGUUUUCGGGUUUGUGACCCCGUUGGUUUCGGGUAAUUUAAUUAGGAAUUUGAUUGUGAAAGGGAGGUCUGAGAUGGUUUGUUCGUUUUUAAAACAUGUUAAGGAUGUUCAAUUGGGUGAUUUUGUAUUGAUUUUGAAGUAUUUUUUGAGUCCGUCAAGAGAGGUUUAUGGUAGCAUGGUUAGUUUGAGGAAGGUUUGGGAGGGUGAUGUUUUAGAGGCUAUUGAGAAGGCAGAUGUUAAAGGGGUUGGAGGAAAAGUUAGAAAUUUAGCCAAGGAGGCUGCGGUUUUGUUGAUGAUUGCGUAUGAUGGGUUUUCGGCCAACGAGUUGUGUUUGCAUUAUUUGAUUGCGCGGGAGGAUCUUGAUGAAGGGGUGUUUUUGUCUUGUGUUAGCAAGUUAAAUGGUGAGGAGUUGAUGAGUUUGAUUCGGUAUCUAGGAAAGUGGUUGAGGAAGUAUGAAAGGUUUCCUCAAGUGUAUCCUUGUCCUAAAGGUUCGUCUGUGCUGGGGUUGAACGCUUGUAAUUGGGUUCCGACGCUUGCAAAUGUUGUGAAGUAUUUUGGAUUGGUUGUGGAUGAACAUUUCUCUUCACUGGUUCUGCAGUUAGAGUUUCAUGAAGAGCUGAGGUCUCUUGAGAGAGUUGCUAAUUUAUUAUCUUCUGAAGCAACAGUCUGUUCUACUGUGACAAAUAUAGUUAAAACCCUCAACCAGAACUCAAAGGUAAAUACUAGUCACCUAGGGCUUUGAAAGGAAGGAAAACGGGUCCUGGGAAAUUUACUCAUAUCCAAGUUGAAUUUGACAGAAGUGGUCUCACUGCAUGGUAGGAGAGACAUUGUAUGAGUUGACAGUUAACCGCGGAACUGAGGCCUGAUGUAUCAUUCAAUUUUAUGGUCACAUGAUUAGAUUUUUGCUUCUUCUUUUCCCUUAGCCAAGCUGAUUACUUAAUUUUACGACUAUGUAUGUGAAACAUCUCUAAGAGUUUUCACAGAUGCAUCCUUUUAACA